GAGAGAGCGAGAGAGAGAGGGAAAGCGCAAGAAACACUGUGUGCGGCUAAGAUGGUGGUGAUUAAGGUGAGAAGUUGGCGAGCCGAGUCGAGUGCUCGAUAAGACACUCGGCUCGCCUAGAAGACGAGCUCGAGCUCGAUCUCACACAAGAUUUUCCUCUUGGUGAGUCGAGCCGAGUCCACCAUUUAUGGCUCGUCACGAGCUCGAGCCGAGCUUGAGCUUGUGAACAGUACAUACGAGCUGAUCUUGAACACCUCCAACUUCCCCGAACUCGACUCGUUUACGGCCCUGGUCAUACCAACGUAAUUCAAGAGAGGAAACCAUGACAGAAACCGUUGUGACCCUUGUCAUCAAUGAGCUGGUUCAGUUGAUUGCUCAUGAAUCAAAAUUGCUAAGGGGUGUCCACCGAGAUGUUGCGGACAUGAGAGAUGAACUUGAGAGCAUCCAGUGUUUCCUCAAAGAUGCAAAUAGAGAGGACCUCCAAGAUGGCGUCAAAACAUGGGUGAAACAAGUGAGAGAAGUAGCCUAUGAUAUAGAAGAUGUAAUUGAUGAAUACGUUCUUCACGUGGCACAACAUCGCCAUCAGCAAAGUUUUAUUGCUUUCCUCCAUAAAAUUGGCCACUUAUUCAAAAAAUUAAAACCACGUCAUGACAUAGCUACAAAGAUUCAAGCUAUCAAAAUAUCAAUCCGUGACAUCAAGGAAAGAAGUGAAAGAUAUGGUUUUAGUUCCUUAGAGCAAGGAUCAAGUAGUAGUGAAUCUAGUGUUACAUACCAUGACCCUAGAGUGGGUGCACUUUUCAUUGGGGAAGAUGAAGUUGUGGGCAUUGAGUCUACAAGGGAUGAGCUCGUAAGCUGGUUGGUGGGGGGAGUAUCUAAACGAUCUGUUAUUUCAAUUGUAGGCAUGGGCGGAAUUGGUAAGACAACUCUUGCUAAGAAAGUAUAUGAGAAUGAAUUAGUGAAAGGACAUUUUGACUGCCAUGUUUGGAUCACAGUGUCUCAGUCAUACAACAUCCAGAAGAUACUCAGCUCCAUGACAAAGAUAGUCUACUGUGAAGAUGAAACGGCUCCAGGGCAAAUAGACAUGACGGACGAGAUCACAUUAAUCAGCCAGCUGAGGAAAUAUUUACAGCAAAAGAGGUAUGUUGUGGUUUUUGAUGAUGUUUGGAAGUUAGAGUUUUGGGAAAUUGUGAAACACGCUUUACCAUACAAUGACAGAGGAAGCAGGAUUAUUAUCACAACACGCAGUGAUCUCAUUGGUGUAUCUUGUAAAGAAUCUUUUUUCGAUCAGGUCCAAAAGCUACAACCUCUGUCUCAAGACAAUGCUUGGGAAUUGUUUUGUAGAAAGGCAUUCCAGUCCGAGUUUCAAAGGUGUUGUCCCAAAGAGUUGGUGAAACUGUCGAUGGACAUUGUCAAAAAAUGUGAAGGCCUGCCACUUGCAAUUGUUGCCAUAGGUGGUCUUUUGUCAACAAAGGAAAAAGUGUCAUUAGAAUGGAAAAAGUUGCAUGAUAGCCUUAGUUCUGAGCUAGAAUGUAAUCCACACCUUACAAGUGUAACAAAAAUUCUCUUUCUUAGUUAUCAUGAUCUUCCGUGCUACCUAAAGUUUUGCUACUUGUACUUUGGCAUUUUUCCAGAGGACUACUCAAUCACAAGUGAUAGAUUACUUUGGCUAUGGGAAGCUGGGGGCUUCAUAAAAGGAAAGAAGGGAAAACCAUUGCUAGAGGUAGCUGAAGAAUACUUAACGGAGCUUAUCCAAAGAAACUUGGUUCAAGUUUCAUUUGGGGAGUUUGAUUAUGAUAUAAUUACAAAGUUUAGAAUCCAUGAUUUGCUGCAUGAAACCAUCAUAUUGAAGGCUGGAGAGUUGAAUUUCUCUCAAGUUCUGGAAGCAGGCGAUACUACCUUCCAAGGUAAAAGCCGGAGCCUAUCAAUCCACGAUGCUAGAGAAAAUGUCUUUGAGGCAAUUGAGUACUCUCGUGUCCGUUCUAUUUUUCUCUUCAACAUGCAUGAAAUGCCUAGGUCUUUCAUGGUUAAAUUGUUCAAAAAGUUCAAGCUUUUAAAAGUGUUAGAUUUUGAAAAUGCUCCUAUUGAUUAUCUUGCUCAAGAAGUGGGUACUUUAUUCCAUUUGAAGUACUUAAAUUUGAGGAGAACAAAAGUGAAGAUACUUCCAAAUUCAGUGGGUAUGCUACAAAACCUUCAGACACUAAAUCUUAUGCAAACCCUAGUGCAUGAGCUACCAAUUGAGAUAUUUAGGCUUUAUAAGUUACGACAUGUUAUGGCUUUUUCUCAUGACUUUGGAAUUAAAAGUAGCCUUCAUUCGGUGCAAGGAGUCAAAGUACAUGAAGGGGUUGGAUGUUUAAACGAAUUGCAGCACCUAUCAAUGAUUGAGGCAAAUCAUCAUGGGGUUGGUUUAUUUGAAGAGCUCGAAAAGUUGAGUCAGUUGAGGAUGUUGGGCAUUUUAAAUAUGACUACAGAACGAGGGAGGGCCCUAUGUACCUCCAUACAAAAGAUGGUCCACCUUAAAUUUUUGGUUGUAGGCUCAAUUAGUGAAGAUGAGCUUAUAGACUUAGAAUCAAUUUCUUUGCCCCCUCCAUCUCUAAUGCAUAUCUAUCUAAGAGGGCGAUUGAAGAAGUUGCCGAAUUGGAUUCUAGAGCUUCAAAAUCUGGUCACGCUAGUCUUAUUUUUCUCAUCAUUAGAGGAAUAUCCACUGUCGUGUGUCCAAGCUUUGCCAAAUCUAAUUACCCUUUCCCUCAAUCAAGCGUAUGAUGGGGAGCAACUGCAUUUUGAGGGAGGUUUUAGAAAACUCAAGAAGCUCACCCUCAGAGAGAUGAAAAAAUUAAAGAUGGUGGAAAUAGACAAAGGAUCACUGUCCAGUCUUGAGCGACUAGAGAUUGGGCCAUGCCCGCAAAUGAAGGAGGUACCCUCUGGAAUCCAACACCUUGAAAGCCUAAAGCUUAUCGACUUCUAUGAAAUGCAAAAAGAAUUUGUGCUACGUAUGCAGCCUGAUGGAGGCGAAGAUUAUUGGAAAGUCAAGAAGGUAACUACUAUCCAUCUCAAGUAUCGGAUUAAAGGAGAACAAUAUCAAACAUACAAGCUUGGUGACUCGGACUUAUUGGAGCGUUUGCAAGGGUCAAUCUAGGGGGAUCAAACUGCCAUGUAGAAUUUCAAUGAUGAACAAGUUGUUCUUCUUGGUGCUUUGAUUCGACAUCAAAUCUUUCAGUUCGUGGCUUGGCUUCGACAACAGAUCAAUGGUGUUGUAGAAAAUCCAUUUCGCUAAUUUCACAAACCCAGAAACAAUUGCAAUUCACUUUUUAUAAUUCUAUGUUGUUUCAUGCUAUACCUGUUGAAGUACUUUACAAGUAAACACUUCAUAUGUAAAUUAGUUCAUUUUAAGCAUUUUGAAAUUUUUGCUUGAA